AUGCCUCCUCGUCGUCGUGCCGCCGCCGCCGCCCAGUCCACCAUCUCCUUCGGCUCCCAAUCCCGAGUCACCAAGCCAUCAGCUAAACAGACUACUACUCUACACAAAGGGAAGAAACUCGAUGAUCCAGCGAAUCUCCCAGCGAAAUCCAAACCCGAUGCCAUCGAGUCGCAGAUUGAUUCAGCCUCCGAAUCCACAACCCCCGUCGUCACCGAAUUAGUCGUCCGCCAGCAGCCCUCGCCGAGUCGCAAAGACCCCCAACCAGCAGAAGACAAACUUGCCUUGAGCUUGACAAAAAAGGAUCUGAAUAAAUACUGGGAAAAGAAAGAAGGGGCCUGGAAGCCAGUUCGAAUUCACGAGGCUGAUGUGAAGUUGGAGGAGAAGAUCCUUCGUAACUUCGAUCUGUCAAUUGAUUACGGACCAUGCGUCGGUAUAGGUCGAUUGGACCGUUGGCGCCGUGCUGCGCGCAUGGGAUUGGAACCGCCAAUUGAGGUCUUGACAGUGUUACUGAAGGGCGAAGAUAUCAGUGAAUCAUCCCACAUGGAGAAACUGAUUUCUUGA